AUGGCGUCCAGGAUCGCGGUCAAUACGCUCAAGGCUUCUGCUCGGCCACGCGCCCUCCCUGGCUUUGCUCGGGCUGUCAACGCGCGCUCAAUGAGCUCGAAUCCCCCACCUGAGCAGCGCGCAGCAGAAAUUCUGAACACCCUCCCUUCCUCGCCGAGUCUAAUCACUAAGACUGGUUCUGCAAUUCUCGGCACCGGUCUUGUUGCAACUGCUAUCUCGCAGGAGCUCUACGUUGUGAACGAGGAGACCGUUGUUGCUGCUGGUACUUUCAUUCUUCUUGCCUACAUCGCCAAGCUUAUUCGGGAACCAUACCGUGACUGGGCAAAUGGUCACAUUGAACGCAUUAAAAACGUUUUGGAAAGCUCGCGAACGGAACACACUCAGGCAGUGAAGAGCCGCAUCAACUCUGUCGAGCAAAUGAAAGAUGUCGUCUCAUUGACCCAAGGUCUAUUUGCCCUCUCGAAGGAGACCGCUCAGCUGGAGUCAGAUGCAUUCGUCCAGAAACAGAAGGUCGCUCUUGCUUCUGAGGUGAAAUCUGUUCUCGACAGUUGGGUUCGUUACGAGCAGCAACAGAAGGAGAGCGAACAGGUUGAGCUCGCAAAGAGCGUGAUUGCCAAGGUUAUGGCUGACCUCCAGGACGAGAAGGUGCAAAAAGACAUCUUGACUAGUGCAGUUGCAGAGAUCGAGCGUGAGUCCCAAUCUGUCGUUCUCCAUUCGUCCUUGCAUUCUGAGUCUUAUUUUCUCAGAGCUCGUGAAAAGCAAAGCAAUCUAGAUGUAUACCUGGUGAUCAAUGAUUAA